UCCAGUCAAAGUUCAAACAUGUGGCCUGCUCUUCUGUUCUCUGUUACUCUGACCAGUGCUAGUACACACUCUCUGACAUAUUUCUUUACCGCUGUGUCUGGAGACAUUGACUUCCCAGAGUUCACUGUUGUCGGUCUGGUCGAUGGAAAGCGGUUUAUUUACUUCGACAGCAACAUAAAGAAAACUGUCCCAAAGACAGAGUGGAUGAAACAGAAAGAAGGAGCAGGUUACUGGGACAGACAGACUCAGCUCGCGGCGGGGACUCAUCAUGCUUUCAGAAACAACAUCCAAGCUGCAAGAGGUUUGUUCAACCAUUCAACAGGUGUGCACACAUUCCAGCUGAUGUACGGCUGUGAGUGGGACGAUCAGACUGGAGCAACAGAUGGGUUUCGUCAGGAAGGUUAUGAUGGAGAGGACUUUCUGACUCUGGAUUUGAAGGAGAUGAGAUGGACUUCAGCGGUGCAGGAAGGAUUCAGCACCCAGAACAAGUGGAAUAAUAACAGAGCGUAUCUUGAGGGUAGAAGACAUUACUUCAACACUGUGUGCGUCGAGUGGCUGAAGAAAUACGUGGAGUAUGGAAAGAGCAGCCUGGAGAAGACAGUCUCUCCUCAGGUGUCUCUUCUCCAGAAGUCUCCCUCGUCUCCAGUCGUGUGUCACGCUACUGGUUUUUACCCCAGUGGAGUUACAAUCUCUUGGAUGAGAAACGAACAAGAAAAUCAUACAGAUGUGAGUCACGGUGAACUUCUUCCCAACGAGGACGGGACCUUUCAGAAGAUGAGCUCCAUCAGAGUUACACCUGAGGAUCUGAAGAAGAACGAGUACAGCUGUGUGGUGAAACACAAGAGCACGACCGUCAGAAAGACCCUGACGGGGAAAGAGAUCAGAACAAAUGAGGAUCAAACAGGAGGUUCUGUUCGUGUUGGCAUCAUUGUUUUUGCUGUGGAUGUGUUUAUUAUCAUCUGUGUCGCUGGAUGUAUGUAUCUGAAGAAAAGACGUGAGGACGGACAGCUAUGAUGGCUAAUUCUUGCUUAAACAACUGCACAUAAAACAGGACUGGAGAUUUC